UAUCUCAUGAACAAAAAAAACAAAGGAGAGUGUGUGUAGGGAAGGGUUGGUUCUUUACUGUCUUAGAUUUGUCCCCUCCACCCAACACACAUACACUGUUUCUCACUCUAUCUCUAAGACUCUAACAGUUUAAGUCCAAAAGUCACUACCACAUUGGCUUUACUUGCCUUUUGUUUCUGUGCUUCCUAUGCAAUUGUCUCUGUCUUCUGCUCCCUCUUCUAUGUACCUUCAAAAAUGGUGAUAAUGGAAUCAUACUUUGAAUUUCUUGUUAUUAUUUGAUAAAUAAAUAAAUAAAUACUCUUUCUUUCUACCCUUUUUCCUUCUCUGUCUCAUCUUUAAAGCCUUGUUUGGUACAUGAAUUUCUUUUCAUGAUUAAAAUUACCUCAUUUUCAUGAUACUAUAUCUCUUAACUUCCACUUUCUUAGUUUCACUUUUUAAAUUCCACUUAUAGUGACAACCCUUUUUCUAUCUUUAAAUAAAGAUUGAAUUUUUUUUCAAUUGGGGUGUUCUUAAUUCCAUUUUUGAGACUCUUAAGAAAACAAAAACAGUGUUCAUGGAAAUUGAUCUGAACCAUGAAGUGACUGAAAUUGACAAGAAUGUAUUGUGCAUUAAGGAAUGUGAAAAAGGUUGUUGUUUGUCCCCUUCAAAUUGUUCUUCAACUUCACCACUUGUUUGUUCUUCUUAUCUUGAACUUUGGCAUGCUUGUGCUGGCCCUCUUAUUUCACUUCCUAAGAAAGGAAAUGUUGUGGUUUAUUUUCCACAAGGUCACUUGGAACAAUUUGCUUCUUUUUCUCCUUUUAAACAAUUGGAGAUACCAACCUAUGAUCUUCAGCCUCAGAUCUUUUGCAGGGUUGUCAAUAUUCAACUACUUGCCAACAAGGAGAAUGAUGAGGUUUAUACACAAGUUACUUUGCUUCCUCAGGCUGAGUUUGCAGGGUUGCAUACGGAAGGAAAAGAAGUUGAGGAAUUAGAAGGCGACGAAGAGGGAGAUGAAGGGUCAACUACAAAAUCAACCCCUCACAUGUUCUGCAAGACACUAACUGUCUCUGAUACCAGCACUCAUGGUGGAUUCUCUGUGCCUCGUAGAGCUGCUGAAGACUGUUUUCCACCUUUGGAUUAUAAGCUGCAGAGACCCUCUCAAGAGCUUGUUGCCAAAGAUCUGCAUGGUGUGGAGUGGAAAUUUCGUCAUAUUUAUAGAGGUCAGCCAAGGCGGCAUCUACUCACUACUGGAUGGAGCAUUUUUGUGAACCAAAAGAAUCUUGUUUCUGGUGAUGCAGUGCUCUUUCUAAGGAGUGAAAAUGGAGAGCUGAGAUUAGGAAUCAGAAGAGCUAUUAGACCAAGAAAUGGUCUUCCUGAAUCAAUUGUUGGAAACCAGAACUGUUAUCCCAAUUUUCUUUCUUCUGUGGCAAAUGCUAUAUCCACCAAAAGCAUGUUUCAUGUUUUCUAUAGUCCAAGAGCAAGUCAUGCAGAAUUUGUUGUUCCAUAUCAAAAAUAUGUUAAAAGCAUCAAGAAUCCAAUGACCAUAGGGACAAGAUUCAAAAUGAGAUUCGAAACGGAUGAAUCGCCAGAAAGAAGAAGUAGUACUGGUAUGUUGAUUGGAAUGAAUGACUUGGAUCCCUAUAGAUGGCCUAAAUCCAAAUGGAGGUGCUUGAUGGUCAGAUGGGAUGAAGAUAUUGAAACUAAUCAUCAAGACCGAGUAUCUCCGUGGGAGAUUGAUCCAUCUUCUCCUCUACCUCCCCUAAGCAUUCAGUCUUCUCCAAGACUGAAGAAACCGCGGACCGGUCUGCAGGUUUCCUCGCCCAAUCACCUCAUCACUGGUAUGAAUCCUAAUGCAGGAAGCAGUGGAAUGACGGGGUUUGAGGAAUCUAUAAGAUCACCAAAGGUCUUGCAAGGUCAAGAAAAUGCAGGUUUUAUGUCACUAUACUAUGGAAGUGACAAAAAAACAACACACCAGCUAGGUUUUGAGUUGAGCUCUUCAAGUCAUCAUCAUCAAAACCUUGCAUCAACUGGAAUAGGAAAAGUAGUUACCUCUUCUGAGCUUAUGAGUGUUCAUCCUUUCAGUUAUGCAGGCUUUAUGGAAAAUAACAAUUUUCCAAGGGUCUUGCAAGGUCAAGAAAUAUGUAAGCUGAAAUCGAUUACAGGAAAAGUUGAUUUCAAUAUUGGUUCUUGGGGAACCAAACCCAAUUUUCAAUCUGCUUAUUUUCCUUUUGGAGAUAUUCACAAAGAUAAUCAAGUUAACAUGUUUAGCUCAAAACACACAACUUUCCUAAGCGAUAAUGUUGCGUUUAACACACCGACAACAUUGGCAGCAAACAUCAGAAAAGAAGUUGCAAAUGAGCAUAAGCUGCAGGACGAUAUAACUAAUGCUGCUUCAUUAGGGGCUACUAAUAUAAAUGUUGCAAAUGAUAACAAUGUGAAGGGAAAGGUAAAUUCCUGCAAAUUAUUCGGGUUUCCUUUGUCUGGCGAAACUAGUAGCCAGAACACGGCAAAAAGGAGUUGCACAAAGGUUCACAAGCAAGGAAGCUUAGUCGGAAGAGCCAUUGAUCUGUCAAGGUUGAGCGGCUACAUCGAUCUUCUAAGUGAACUAGAGAAACUAUUUGGAAUGGAAGGCCUUCUUAGAGAUUCUAAUAAAGGAUGGAGGAUCCUCUACACUGACAGUGAGAAUGACAUAAUGGUUGUGGGGGAUGAUCCAUGGCAUGAGUUUUGUGAUGUGGUGUCCAAGAUCCAUAUAUAUACCAAAGAAGAAGUGGAGAAGAUGACAUUUGGAAUGACAAAUGAUGAUACUCAUAGCUGUUUGGAACAAGCACCAGUGACUAUGGAACCUUCUAAAUCAUCCUCAGUUGGUCAGCCAGAUUAUUCUCCAAAAGUAGUUAGAGUCUAAAGUUUCAGGGUUGUCUAGAGUUGUGUUGGCCUUGCUUAUGUACAAAUUAAUCAUCUAUGAUUCUAUAUUUACUUUGAUUCUGCAUGUUUGAUUACUACCCUUUGAGCUUGUUAUCCCAGUAAAAAUUGCAUGGUCAGUGUUGGAGAAAGAUUGACACAAUUAAGUGCAGUAAAUAAGGGCUAGUCUUGGCAGUUUGCAAAAUGUAAUAUAAGCCAUUAUUACCUCUUGAUUAUGGUGUAAUAUUACUAAUAUUGUUAUGAAUGUGUUUGGGGUGCAA